AAUGUAUUUUAUCAAUAGCAACGUGCAGAUGCCCUAACAUACCCUCCUGCGCCGGCAACCUUGGUGUGCCUUAUUGAGCACACACGAAAAAUGUCGUCACACGAACAUGUAGUUGAUCUUAGGGAUGCUGUGGCCCUUGACACUGACGCCGCCGGGACCAUAUAUGCGCUGAUCCGUAAUGAUGAGGGGGAUUUAAGAAUUGUGCUACUAGAUGGACGCCAGGAGGUGUUGGAAGCCCAGCAGCGCCAGGGUUCAUUACACGAGCCCGUGCGCAUAAGUGGGCCUUCCGCGACACAAAUCGUCCGGACCCAUCCUGCCAUCGACUUCGAUGUGCGCGGCUUGCAAGUCGCACCCAGCGGACGCUACCUGCUGCUGCAUGGCUACUCCUACCAGGACUCCUCCGUGGUGUCCCUGGCGGUGGUGGACCUGCACGGCGGCCAGCCGCUGCCCGCAGCAACCCCACCCCACCACCACCACCCCACCCCCGGGGGACCAGCAGCAGCAGCAGCAGCAGCGGCAGCAGCGCGGGGCACCCCGGCACGUGGCGGCACUGCGGGUGCUGGGGGUGCUGGGGGUGCAGGUGCGGGUCCCCGCCCCAAGCAGUGCCGGCUGCACCCGGUGGACCCUGAGCUCUUCAGCAGCCGACCGGGGCUGCUGCUGUACCAGGCCUCCUGGCACCCGCACAGCGAGGAGCACCUGGUGCUGCUCACCUCGGACAGCCGCCUGCGCCUCUAC